AUGCCGACCCCCGAAUCCGACCUCUUCAAGGCUCAAAAGCCCACAGUCGCGCCCACAUUCAACGGCGUCGAUUUUGACGACACCAAGGCCUUCAAAGCCGCCGAGGAUGCCAUUAUCCGCGAGCAAUGGGUCGGCGCCAUGAUGACCCGACUCAUCGGCGAGGAAUUGAGCAAAUGCUACAUCAAGAAUGGAAACAACCACCUGGAAAAGUGCGGUGACCUGCGAGAGAAGUAUCUUCAGUCGCUUGCCGCCAACAAGAUCAAGGGAACAAAGUUCUUGCAACAAAACUACCUGGAGAAGCAGGAUGAGGAGUUGGACAUUGCCGCAAAGGUGCACACGUCGGACAAGAUCGCCAAGCUGAACCAGGGGCGAUUCUCUUCAUAA